GCAGUAGCAGCGCAUACACCAGCAAAAGCAGACUAGACGACGAAACAGUAGGCCACCAUAUUUGCUAGACUUCGCCAGCAAGUCGAUCCGAUUUAUUCAGUUUUGUACAGUGAGUGUGUCGAGUAAGUCAUCUUUCUCCGAGACCUCUCGCUCUCCUUGGUGUAGCACCAGAGCCAGCAGCCUUCAGCAAAGCAGAAGCUAGAAGUUCCAGCGGGACAAACUCUACAACACUCAUCUAAGCAGCCCAGCAACCAGCCGACAAACGAAUCAAAGAUGGCCCUACCAGAGGAAAACCCCGUCUAUGCUCCUUUCUUCGGAGUUAUGGGAGCAGCUGCAGCUAUCAUCUUCAGCGCCCUCGGAGCCGCCUAUGGAACGGCGAAGUCCGGCACAGGUAUCGCCGCUAUGUCGGUGAUGAGACCUGAGCUGAUCAUGAAGUCCAUCAUUCCCGUUGUCAUGGCGGGUAUCAUUGCCAUCUACGGUCUGGUCGUCGCUGUACUUAUUGCCGGUUCGCUGGAGGAGCCAUCGAAAUAUUCGCUAUACAAGGGCUUCAUUCAUCUUGGUGCUGGUCUGGCUGUAGGAUUCUCCGGUCUGGCCGCCGGUUUCGCCAUCGGUAUCGUCGGUGAUGCCGGUGUCCGCGGUACCGCCCAGCAGCCUAGACUGUUCGUCGGUAUGAUUCUGAUCCUCAUUUUCGCCGAAGUCUUGGGUCUGUACGGUCUGAUUGUUGCCAUCUAUCUGUACACGAAAUAAGCAGCUACUGCGAGAAAAAAAUGCAAACCGAUGGUUCACUGCUUAUCGUCAUCAGCUAUCACCGUCAUCGCCAGCAACCAUCGUCAUCAUCGUCAUCGAUCGUCACCAUCAGAAGAAGUGAAAGAGGUAAACAGAACUAUUAUCAGAAGACCAUCGUAGGAACUGCGACAAACAGCAGCAGUGACAAUAUUCAUCACGCCGAGAAGCGAACAUUUUCCAAUUUCUAGCAAACAAAGCUUAAAGUCCGCAAUAAUAUACCCAAAAGAGAUAGGUGUCGGAGCACGAACUGAAACAUCAGAUACCCCCAUCCUUCCGGAACUAAAACAAAAGACUAUGUAUUUAUGUAAAAUAUUGUAUUUACUUGUUAACCUAUCCUAAGCCCCCCCAUCAAGAGUUAAAAUGAUUCAAACGAGUCGUCGCAGGAAGAAGCGUACGAGCGUCGUUUAUAGGUUAUUUGGAUAGUUUUGAGAGCUAAGCGUUAGUAACUGACUGUACAAAGCCAAUGCUAUUAAUCUAGAUAAUGUCAAUGCACCCUCACGUUUAUCGCCCAUAUUGGACGAAGUGAUGCAGUUCUGUAUGACUUCAGUAUAACCUGUAAAUCGUCGCAACUUUCUCGCGUACAUCUCGAAGGCAAAUUUAUUUUUCAUUCAAUUAUGUUUUUCGGUUGUUCUGCAAUGAUAAUUAUGGUUUGAUUACAAUAAAUUUGUGUACCCCUUUGAUUAACACCAUGUAAGGGGUCUCUCUCUAGCUAGGUUAGACCAUCAAGUUUGAGAAGCGAGAGAGAAAGAGAACGAUUAUUGUUAUCUGUUAUUUUUGCAAGGUUGAGUCUGUGAUAUAAGCUUCCAUCACAAAUUAGUACAGUUGAACACACACCAAACAGCGAAACCGUUCCCUGAAACUCAACCGAAUUCCAACUGACUUAUGUAAGACCACCCUGGGGGGAACGAAUUUCGUGUGCUCAAACUUUCUAUUCAAAGAUAAUGUAUUAAGUGUUUUGUUUUACGUCCCGGAACGAUCUUCCACGGUGUAUAUUAUUGAGACAGACUGAUCUGUGGCAGACAUGAUGACUUUACAGCAGUUUAGUUUUGCGUUCGUUACACAUAACCGUUUAUAGUUAUCAUUAAAAGUGCAGAGUUGUAUAAAAGAAGAACGACACAACUUACUUAAAACCUGUUCUAUAUCUUUAGCAUAAAUGUUCGUAAAAAACCUUUCUUUCCUGGCGUAGGUUGAGUUAGGAUGAAUGACUACCGUGUAUUAUCUGUAUAAUAGCUACUAACUAGAAAAAGGCCCAAAGACCAUUCGGAACAAGAGAACGCAUACAUCAAAGAAUCGAACAAAUGAAAAGUACCAAUUGAAUCGAUUGGGUGGCUGUAGCACCCGAGCGAUUGAAAUGCAAGAAAAUCGAAAACAAAAGACAAAAAAAGACACACACACCGAUACAAAACGACAAACACACACACAUACUCGUUGAUCAAACAAAACCAUCUCAAGGAUCAACAAAAGGACCCAAAUGCAUGCAAAAAUAGCUUCACGGGGAUACUCACACUCGAUUGCCGUUCCUGUACGCAGUCCGAUACGUUUGGAUGCUGAAACGUGGAGGUUGUGUCACACGAACACUUGCAUAAUCGUGUGUGGUCAAAAUCCGCGGGUUUCCUUGUUUGAAGAUUCGCCUCUGGCUUUCUGUAUAAAUUAAACAUCUUCUCGUCGGUGCGCUGAAUUUUUGUGGAUAAACUUGAACAGAGAAGCUAUCUUUCCUGAGUGCAUUUGGCUGGUCCCGAAAAAAAUGUAAUCAAAUUAAAUUAUUGUUGGAGAAGACCACCACAACUACCACCACUAUCAACCGAUGGAAACAUCAAUCAACAAACAUACCAAGACAUGAACAGAAAACAACUGGAUAAAAAUUUGCCAACAUCUUGAAUAUCCCUGUUUUGUUGUGAGGAAGCUUUAGGAUCUUAGAAUCUUAUCGAUAAGUUGAAUGAUACAAAUAAACAAAAAACCAUAAAAAAACAAAAGUGAAAAAUCUACCGAAAUGACAUUUGAAUAUAACAUCUGAUGAAUUCAAUAAAUUUAACUGAAAAUAA